UUAACUCUAAACUCGAUUUCAAUUUUUUUAGUAUAAAAGUUGGUAUAAUUUGGUGAAUAAAAUCAGAAACUAAUCAAAAAGCGUUCAUUGAACAUUAGUUUUGAGUUUACUUUAAAUUUUCCUAUUUCUACUUCUUUCAUCCUUUCAACAACAUGAAGUUCGUAUUUGCCGUAGUCUUGUUGGCUCUUGCCGCUGGUGUCCAAUCAUCAUUGAUUGCUCAACAUGCUCCUGGUGUAUCAUAUGUUACCACUGCCUUACAUCCAGCUAAUCACUUGGGAGGACCCUUAGGCUGGGGUGGUCAUGCCGCUAUUGAUCACAGUGCCUGGGGUGGUCCUUUAGUUGCCCCAUUGGGCGGUCAUGGUCUUUGGGGAGGUAUUCCCGGCAUUUCUCUAGCUCAAGGACCUGCUCAUGGUCAUGUUGGUAUCGAUCUCGCUCACGGUGCUCAUGGCCAUGGUCAUGGUGUGUAUGUAGCAAAGACACGCGGUGCAGUCCAUACCGCACCAUUGGCUGGCCAUAUUGCCUCCGCCACAUCAGUAAAUGUAGCUCCAGCUCCUGGUACUCAUUAACUAACAAAAUACCACAAUUACUCAAGUCCCAGCGCUCUACCAUGGCACACACUCAACAUCACAGCGUUUUGGCAUCUUAACAUUUGGUGAACUUAAAGUCCAGCAACAAUCAUGCAAAAUUUUGAACUUUUACGAACUUUAAUUGUUAUCUGUUCUGUAUCUGUAACUAUUUUCUAUGUCUUUAUCCUAAGCUACAUCUUUUCUUAAUCUAUCUAUGCCUCACAUUAAUGAUAAAUAAUGUGUAGCAUUGCAAGAACAUAAAUAAAAUUUAGAGAAAUAUAUGCAAAUAUUUUUCUACGAUUAAAAAAAAUUAUAAAUGGAAUG